AUGUAUAACUUGAGUUGUUACAACCCCAGCUCCUUUAUCCUUGUUGGAAUACCUGGCCUGGAGAAGUUCCACAUGUGGAUUGGGAUUCCCUUUUGUGUCAUCUAUGUUGUGGCUGUUGUGGGCAACUGCAUCCUUCUCUACCUCAUUGCAAUUGAACACAGCCUCCAUGAGCCCAUGUUUUUCUUCCUCUCUAUGCUGGCCACCACAGACCUCCUCCUGUCCACUGCCACAGUGCCCAAACUGCUCAGUAACUUCUGGCUUGGCUCCCAAGAAAUAACCUUUUCUGGUUGUCUCAUUCAGAUGUUUUUUCUCCACUUCAGCUUUGUGGUGGACUCAGCCAUCCUGCUGGCCAUGGCAUUUGAUCGCUUUGUUGCCAUCUGCUUCCCCUUGAGAUAUACCACCAUCCUGACUCCUCAGGUGAUCGUCAAACUUAUGGUGAGCAUUGUUGUGAGAAGCUUCUCCAUCAUCCUGCCAGAUGUUUUUCUGCUAAAACGGUUGCCCUUUUGCAGGACACAUACCAUCCCACACACAUACUGUGAGCACAUAGGUGUUGCUUGGCUUUCGUCUGCAGACAUCUCUAUCAACAUCUGGUAUGGGUUUGCUGUACCUCUCAUGACUGUUAUCUCAGAUGUGAUCUUUAUUGCUGUUUCCUAUGCCUUCAUCCUUCAUGCUGUGUUCCAACUCUCAUCCCAGGGUGCCCGCCAAAAAGCCCUCAGCACCUGUGGUUCCCAUGUCUGUGUCAUCCUCAUGUUUUACACCCCUGCCUUCUUCUCCAUCCUUGCUCAUCGCUUUGGGCACAGUGUCCCUCGAAAUGUACUUAUCCUGUUUGCCAACCUCUACGUGGCCAUCCCUCCUGCUCUAAAUCCUAUUGUUUAUGGAGUGAAAACAAAGCAAAUCCAGGACAAAUUUAUUCUCCUCUUCUCUUUGAAGAAGUCACAAUAAGUGGACA